AUGCCUGUCGCAACAAGGCAAAAUAAGAAAGGGAGAAAAGCCGGCGCUUUUCUCUUUUGCACCAAGGUUUCCUUGUACACCCUUCUAAUCUGGAUUGUAAAUUGCUCCAACUCUUGCCAAUAUGAUGGUAAUUCGUACAGUGUUAUGAACAAUAGCCUCGGAAAAGCAUUCGAUUCCAGAGCUCUGAGGUCAUUAGCAGAAGCUUUAGAGGAGGAGGCUGUACAACAUGAUGCACCUGUAGCAUACGAGGAUGAGAUCGAACAAGAUGGACCUGUAGUAUACGAGGAGGCUACUGAACAGGAUGCACCUGUAGAACACGAGGAAGUUAUAGAACAAGUUGCACAAGAUGUUGCACAGGAAGUGGCACAGCAAGUUCCACAACAUUCAGGAAAGAAAGGAAAAAAGGAAUAUAAGGAUGGAAAAUCCACAUCUGUAGGGCUUAGGGGUGCAAACAAAGAGAAUGAAAAGGAUAGUUAUCGACAGGGAAAAUUAGAUUUCUGGGAACAUUUCGAACCAACAAUAACAGCAAAUUUUGAGGAGGUAUUAAAAAGGUGUAUUUCACGUAAAGCAGGAGAACAAGACGUGGAUGAAUAUUAUUCAGCUGGAUUUCCAAAGCUGGGAUGGAAUGCCAAUCCAUAUGGUGUAUUAAAGAAAACAAAGAAAGGGACGGUGCAGGAAGGAUAUAGGAAAAUGCUGGAAAACAAUUUCCGCAAUGUUCCAUAUAUGGAUGAUACACAGAAUGAUCAUACAUCAAACGAACCAUACCUAGAAAGAGAAUACGGACACGUAGAGUUGGGCGCUGAUGCAAAAACAUCAACGAAUUUAAGAAAAGGGGCAGAAAAAAAAAUGAAUAAGAAAAUGUAG